CAAGCCCCACCCUAAAAAUAUUAAAUUAAGAACCUCGAUCCUCGAGAUUGUCAUCUCACAUUACAUUCUGCCUUCAAGAACUGAACCAUGAGCUCCCUGAUCGGAAUUCUCAGCCUCCUCUCGGCUCUUGCAGCGACAAGUUACGCUCUUUCGUGUACACAGUGCUUUUCUAGCGAAGCGACAUGCUCGGGUCCCAGCAUGACCUGUCCUUCAGGACAUCAGUGUGCAUCUGCAUACACAGAAACCACUAUUGCUGGAAUGAAGUCUACAUCUUUGGGCAGAAUAUGCGCACCUUCAUCUCAAUGUGGCUUAAAGGGCAGUGUGGGCCUACAACAAGGACAUAUCAGGAUGAGCACUUCAUGCUGCAACACUGACAACUGCGCUCCUGAUCCUCCCACAUUGCCAACAAUAAGCUCUAACCCCAAUGGACUGGUCUGCCGAACCUGCGCAUCCGCUGACUCCACCUGGUGUUACACUUCUGAUACUAUACAAUGCACAGGGGAUCAGAAUAUGUGUCUUCUCCAGACAACUCAUGUGUCAGGAUUGGUGUCACUUUCAACAGCCAUCCGAGGGUGCGCGACAAAGUCUAUCUGUGACCUUGUCAGCCACUCCACAAGUGAAGGAGGAGUUACAAGUGAAGUCAAGUUUAUCUGCACCAGCGGUGGUCUAAGUGUCCAUACCAUUGUCCUGACUCCGGCCAUUGUGUGUCUUUUACUGCUAAAACUGUUCUUCUAAAAGAGGUUGAGGAUCUUUGGAUGGAAGAAGCCAAGAAAAAUGACAAAAUUGUCUUCUGCAUCUAUUGUUUUUCAUUUUGUUGUAAUUUUACUCGUCUUGCACACUGCUUCCAUUGAUAAUUCAAGAAUUUUUUGAAUAAACUAAUAAGUUACAAAACCAGGUUUCCUCAGCAAUAAUUAACUAAAUGUAAUGAGUAAUGUACCUGCACAAUACUAGGGAAGUUGUGCCUACAUCAUUUUCAUUAUUUUUGUGCACGCUGGUUAACACGCAUCUAUACAGUACAGUGCUGACACCUAGUGGCCAAACAGAUUACACUGAAGACUAGCGGCAAAAUAUUAACAAAAAUAUCUCACUUUACUGCCUAUCACAAAAAUGGAUAUUCUCUUGUCACUAUGGAUUGUAGGAAUAAGGUUUGGCUGGUCAUAAACAGUAUGUAGGGCAAAGUGUUUUGGACAGUUCCUUCCACCAGAUUUUUUAGUAAGGUCCCCUGAUAAUAUUCUCAUCCCAGGAUUUUCUGUAGGGGAAAGAAAAAUUACAUUAGAGAUGAGCUAACCUUUUUAGAUUCGAUUAGUUUAAAGUUCACCAAAAUUUUUAAAAAGUUUGAUUCAGCACUGAAUGGAUUCUACCCAAACCAAAAUUUAUUCAAUUGCCCUGAAGAUUGGUAUAUAACUCCCUCUAGUGCAUAUUUUUUUAAAAGAUAUUAUCUCUUUCCAUUAAUUUUUUUAUUUUUUUAUUUUUUUCCCCUCUCUCGCCCUGAGCUAUUGAACGCAAUGACAGCAACAGCAAAUAAUAUCAGAGUGACAAGGACAUAAAAAGCUAUUGGUAAAUGUU